UUAGUCAUGGCGGCGCCCUGUUGUGUCCUGUGAAACAACUCCAGUCGUUCGUACUUCAUCUGAAUGAGUAAAGCGGGUUCUGUCGUCGCGUGGCAGCAUGUCGGACACGAAGAACAUCUCGUAUCUGUAAAUAAUCCGGUAACCGUUACCGAUCCGCGGGGUUUAACAGGCGUUAAAAGUUGAGUAGACAUGUUUUCGCUGUCCCGCUUGUCCAUGUCCAUCCGGGGACAGAGGACUCUGAGUCUGUUCUCCAGCCAGACCGGACCGUCCAACUGGAGCAAAGUGGUGUCGGAUGCGGAGAAGAUCGUGGGUUAUCCGACGUCGUUCAUGAGUCUGCGCUGCCUGCUGAGUGAUGAGCUCAGUAACGUGGCCAUGCUGGUCCGGAAGCUGGUGGGGACUCAGCACCCGCUGCUCAACACGGCCAGAGGCUUCGUCUACGACAGUAAGAACAACCUUCAGAUGAGAGGACUGAUCGUCCUGCUGCUGUCCAAAGCUGCAGGAGCGAGCCACGCCGCCUACGAUCUGCUACCGCAGGACAUGGUCAGCGGCAUCUACCCCAGUCAGAGAAACCUGGCGGAAAUCACGGAGCUGAUCCACACAGCGUUCCUGGUGCAUCGUGGGAUAGUAAAUCUGAAGGAGUGGACGGUUUCUGACGGCCCGAUGAAGGACAUGGAGUUUGGGAAUAAGAUGGCGGUCCUGAGUGGAGACUUCCUGUUGGCGAACGCUUGUACGGGAUUGGCCCAGCUCAAUGACACUAAGGUGGUUGAAAUGAUCUCUGGUGCCAUCGGGGAUUUAGUUCAAGGAAUCUAUUAUGAGAAUUCCUACAAUGCAGAGGACGGUCUCAGCGAUGGCACUGACGUGGCAUCAUGGGAGGAGCAGACAUUCUUAUCCCACGGUUCGCUGCUGGCCAGUAGCUGUCAGGCCGCCAUGCAGCUCGCCAAACACAACAAGGAGGCCCAAAGGCAGGCCUACCUGUACGGAAAACACCUGUCGCUGGGCCACAAGCUGAACUCUGACCUGCAGCCGUUUGUGAAGAGCGGCUUGGGAGAGCUGACACCGUUCAGUCUGAGCGCGGCCCCGGUGGUUUUCCACCGUCAGAUCGUCGGCACGGAGAGGUGGCAUCAGCAGAUCCAGCACGCAAAAACGUUGAGAAACCAGCUGGAUCACACCAAGCUUUUGGCAGCAGUUAAGUCGGGGAAAGGCGUGAGCUCGGCGGUGGACUUGUGCUGUUACCAUAGCAACAAGGCUCUGGAGGCCAUCCAGGCUUUCCCCUCCUCGGAAGCUCGAUCCGCCUUGGAGAACAUCGCCUCUGCCGUCACCAAAUUUUGACCUGCACACACACACACUGCACUGUGGUGUGUGCGUGCAAAAACUGCAGGAAGAAGAAAUUCCUGUGAUGAACUUGUUCUGAUCCGGAUGCUGGCUCCUGGAGCCUGGAGGAACCGUGGUGACAGUUGUCAUUAGAAAUGCUAAAUCUGUGAUUCUUGUAAUAAGAACACACUUCUGGAGCACAGUGCCAAAUGUGUGUGUGUGUGAGUGAGUGAGUGAGUGAGUGAGUGAGUGAGUGAGUGAGUGAGUGAGUGAGUGAGUGAGUGAGUGAGUGAGUGAGUGAAUGAGUGAGUGUCGGACUCCUGCGUGGAGGAAGCACCACGCAGGCUGCGUUUUAAAACCCAGCUGUUUAUUGUCACCUUGCUUAUCAGCACCGCCACAUAGCAGCCGGAACAUAAUUUAAGAUGUUUUGAAGAGUUGUUAUUGUCAUCUGGAAAAUGUGCCAUGAACAGCAAAUGAUGCACCGAGCAGGACUUGCUCUUAAAAGAGAUAUUUUAUCUUUAAGGAACCUUUCAUCCUGCUUCUUUCUGCGGCGACGAUGCCAAACGGAAAGGUUUAACCAACGCGGCGGUGACAAUGUCCCAAAGUCCCGUUCGAACUGAUUCUUGCUGUUACUGAUAAGCUCAGACGGGAGGUUUUUUAUGCAGUUUGUUGAGAUUGUGUCUGCAGCUUCAGGAGGAAUGUUGUCCCCUCACCCGGGUGUGUGUGUGUGCGUGCGUGUGUGAUCCAAGUCAACCCAGGGGCGGGGAAAGGUCACCCAGCUUCUCCCCUUGGCCCAGCCUGUGAGCGUAUUGAAGCUCCGCCAAGCAGUAAUUAUUAAUGAAGAGACCUGAGCAAAUGGACAGGAAACGCAGAGGUAUUGAUUGGGCUGGCUGCCCUGCUUUAAGCUGCGCAGGCUGGCGCCAGCCUGGUGGCCUGUGGUUUCCCAGGCUGCUGUCUGCGGAGAGCGGGGGGCACAGCCAAGGUGUGAAACCACGGGGCCGCCGCUGGCAGCUGUCCGUCACGUCCUGAUCGCGCCUGAAGGACGGAGACGGGGUAGGAAAUCCCCAAAUAGGUCAUCACGUCAUCUGAAGACCGAGUUUGAUGGAAUGUUGUACAGAAAUAUUAAAGAUUUAAACUGAA